GUGCCGGAUGACUCAAUACGACAAUUGCCCCAGGUGAGGCCAUUGGACUGCAGGUUUAAGAAACACUCACACCAGGAUAAACUCCUACUUUUUUCAACAAGUGAUGUAGGAUAUUUGAGUUGGACUUGUUCUAACUGAUAUACGUCUGUGUUGUUUCAACCAAAAACUUAAAGCCAGUGCCAACUGCGGGCUCAAAAAAACAAUUUAUCGACAUGAGAAGUUCUUCCAAAACAGCAGCACGCCCAUGUGGUUCUUAUACACAUUUUUGUAGCUGAGCCCUUAAGCAAGUUGGAGAACAUCCAAUGUCCAUGACAACAGGCCCAAAACAGUCGCCCCUGAAAAGUUCAGAACUAAUCGAAUAAGAAGCAUUGAGGCAGCCAAGUAUUAGAGCCAAAAGCAAUUGUCUGCUAAGACUAAGAGUUGCUUCCAGUCCGUGGGCUUGCGAGUUUAACGGACGGGAACAAACGUUGCGUCUUCAGAGCAGAUCCCCGAAACCAUCAUUGUGAGGUUCAUUUUACAAGUGCUGUACAUUUGGGUGUGCAGACACAAGCAAAGGAAGGCCUGAAAACUCACAACUGCAACAAUGUGGAUUGCAAAGUUUGUCCUGCUUGUCACCAUACAGGUGGGCGUGACACAGGGUCAACCAGGGUGCCCUCAAAAUUGCUUCUGCUACCCUAAUAAUGUUGCCUACUGUCGUAACUUGGACUCCAUGCCUGUACUUGGCCUGAGCCCUCGUACUAAAGGACUACUCGUCGCAGACAGUUCCUUCACGACUAUUCCAAAGAAUGCCUUCAUGGGUCUUCCAUAUCUUGUAGAGUUGAACAUCACAGAGACCCUUCUCACAAGUAUUCACCCAGAUGCCUUCAAUGGGUUAAAGAAACUUCAACUGCUGGACCUGUCAAACAACAAACUCAAGGCCUUUCCUAAAGGAGCCAUGGAUAAAGUUGGGGCAAAGCUUAAGUCUCUAAACCUCGGUGGUAACUGGCUCGCAGGAAGUCUUACAGCAGAGUCCUUUAAAGGUAUGGAGGCUCUUGAGGGACUCUAUCUGUAUAAUACAAAUUUUACAACAAUCGAAGAUGGGCUCUUUGCCAGUCUGAAGAAACUUUCAGUACUGGAUCUCUCCAAAAACAACUUUGAAUCUCUUCCUGAGGGAGCAAUCAAGGGACUUGACAACUUGAAGGAAAUUGUCAUGUUUGGAAACCCUUUCACUUGUGACAAAGAUGCAUCCUGGCUUAGUGGUUGGAUUGAGAAGAACCCGCCUGAGAUCGGUGCUGGUCCCACCUGUAUGGAUCCUCCACGUUUUGCUGGGUAUGCAGCAGCCGGACUUUCAAGUGAAGUACUUUCAGCUGAGUAUAACCAGACAACCAUUGACUGCACUGUUAAACCAACACCACCUCCAGAUACCCUGAAUGGGGAGGAUGAUGGACGCCCUCCUCCUGUCAAAAUCAUCAAAGGUCUCAUCUGGAAGUGUCCAAGCACUUACGUCCUCAAAGCAGGGCAGUUUGAGGAGUACACUGACCUUGAGGAGCUGGACAUCAGUGGCAAUGGCAUUAUUGACAUUGAACCUGGAGCAUUCAGUUCCCUCAACAAGCUGAAGGUUCUCUACCUGAGCGAAAACUCCAUCAAGCGCAUCAAACCAUCAGUUAUGAAUGACCUGAAGAGUGUUGAGGUACUGGAUGUGUCAGACAACAAGAUGACAUACCUUCCAGCUGAUAUCAAAGAGCGACUGCCAAAGAUCAAGUUCAUCGUAGGCUACAAUAAUCCAUGGUCCUGUGACUGCAACCUGGCUGCCAACAUGGACUUGAUUGCACACUACUUCCAUGAAAUUCCUGCCAUCUGUGCUGCUCCCCAAGAGUUGGAAGGUCGGGAAGUGCGAGAAGUUCCUGAAGAGGCAAUGAUCUGCACCCCUCCAGUCAUCACCUUCAUUGAUGAAUAUGUGACUGUGAAAGAAGGUGGUGAUGCUUUCCUGAACUGUGAGAUAACUGGCCUUCCCAUUCCACCUGCACGGUGGAAAACACCUGAUGGCAAGGUUGUCACCAUUGACGAACCAGUUGGAAAUAAGGAAGUUCUGGACAAUGGGACCCUUUGGAUCAAGAAUGCCGUAGCUGAUGACGGUGGUAACUACGUGUGCAUUGCUGACAAUGGUGGUGGCGUAGAUAUGAGAAAUGCCACACUGCGCGUUUGUCCCAGAGUUUGUCGAUGUCUGGACAUCUUGACAGUCCACUGCUUCGAAGCUGAUAUUUCAAAGAUUCCAGCUGAUACUCGUUUAUUCCUAAUGCUGGGUACUGACCUAGCUGAGGUAAAGAAGGACCUGUUCAAAGAUUUGAAGGACUUGGAAGAGCUGGAUCUGGACAAUAAUCAAAUCACGGACAUUGAAGUUGGAUCAUUUGACAGUCUGGAAAACUUACGUUUGCUGUUCCUGUACAGGAAUGCUAUAGAAAAACUAUCAUCUGGCUUAUUCAAGGGCAUGACUAAUCUCCUACAGAUCUAUCUGUCCUCUAACAAUAUUACAACGAUAGAGGAUGGAGCAUUUGAGGGACUUGAAAAUCUACAGUUGAUCCAGCUUCACGAGAAUCAUAUUGAAGAGAUUGGUGAUGGUGCCUUCAAGGGACUUCCAACUCUCAUUGACUUGGACCUUCACCUUAACAACCUCACAGCCAUCCCUGGGAAGGCCAUCACAUCGCUCAAAAACCUCAGGCGUGUGCAGCUUUUCGACAACAAAAUCAAGAUGGUCAAGGAAGAUGACUUCAAGGAUUUGGAAAGCCUUCAGAUGAUCUAUCUUCAGGACAAUGAAAUCCAGGUGGUUGAAAAUGGUGCCUUUGCAAAUCUGCCAGACUUGCAAUGGUUGGACCUUUCAAACAAUAAGAUAGUAGUCAUUCCUGCAGGUGUGUUCAAAGGACUUGAUGCGCUGCAACGCCUGGACUUGAGCAACAAUGCCCUCGUGACCUUACCUGCAUCCCUCAGGACAGAGCUGCCAUCCCUCAGGUUUGUAAUUGCAGCUGGGAACCCCUGGCACUGCGACUGUAACAUGAUUCCUCUCCGAGGAUGGUUCGGUUACUCACCCGAUCAACCGCCUCCCCCGGGAGCAGGACCUGCCCAGGGGGACCCCCCUUUCCGGCCUUAUUAUGAGCCCGACCCCCUCCUCCUCUCCGAGUUCCUUGAGCACACUGGCCAGACACCCUUUCACCCUGUUGGGUACUACGCAGCCAGGAGAAGACGCCAAGCGCCGGGCGGGUUUGCAACUUGCGCGACUCCGAUAGCGUACGCCAACCAAGACACCAACACUAUUCCCAUCUCCAGCCUCAUCUGCGAGGCCAUCCUCUUUGUCGAAAAUGGGGCCGCUGUCCUCAUCGGGGAGUCGGCGGAACUGCCUUGCAACAUCUCCAAGGAGACCAGCAUUGGCAAGUUCUGGGCAACACCACAAGGAGCAGUGGUGAAGUUCGGAGGCAGCGUGAACAAGACGAAAGUGGCCGAUGAUGGCACCCUCACCAUCGAGAAGGUGUCAGAGGAUGACGCCGGGCCGUACGUGUGCGUGGGAGCAGAAGAACCCACCAUAUACUUCCUGAACUAUGUAAGGGAAGUCACCACUCCACCACCUCCUCCUACCGAGCCACCAAAAGUAGAAGAAGAAGAAGAACCUGAACUGCCAGAAGAAGAAGAAGAACCCGGACCACCAGAAGAAGUGGAACCACCGCCGCGAUUCCCACCACGAGGAGUCGACGAACCACUACCAACAUUUCCCGAUGGCGGACUACUGCCAGCACCCCCGGUUGGGAUCCCGGACUUCCCAGAUUUGCCCAGACCUCCACAACGACCACCUUUCCGACCACGACCAUAGCCAAGCAGAGGUAGUAUAGUAGCUACAUGUCUGACAACUGUCCUGACAAACUGUGAGUAACCACCAACCACAAAAUCAACACUGUCGACAAGAUUCUAGUAUUCAUUUGGCUGAUUAGCAUGUGACAAUCACUUAUUAAUAUUUGACUCAAACAGUUCUAAAAGUGCAGAAAGUCUUACAUGUACAUGUAAUUACUAUUUCCUUGUUAACGCAUAUACUUUUUAAACUUUUCCAAUCUAUAAAAUA